AUGGGAAAUGGCGAGAUCGAGCCGACAGUGUUGCAAAUUGGCAAGUACGCGCCGGCAAAGGUGCUUGAAAGCAAGGCGGACUCGGCAGUGACGCUUCGAUUUAUCAACAGCGUUGUCGAAGCUAUUUCGACGGCAGAGGGGGAGGCUCGCCAGAAGCUCGAGACGUUACUGCAUGGCGCAGUGGUCCAGUUCGUCUCAGAGCACCCUGUUCAACUCAACAACAAACAUGAGUUCUCAAAAUAUUUGAGUGAGCACAGAGAACUGAUUGUCCGCGAAGACAAAGAGCUCGGGCCGAAGGAUCUUGCUCUCAUGUUCGUGACCGCGAAGAAACAGGACAAGAAGUUGACGAAGAAGGCAGACGGCUGGGAGCUUGUCCUGUUCAGCUAUUGGUACAUGAAUUUUUGA